UUUGCUGGAGUGCGCGCUCGCGGCAGGAGUAGCAUCGUCAUGUCCGGGCGCGGCAAAGGCGGGAAGGGGCUCGGCAAGGGGGGCGCCAAGCGGCACCGCAAGGUGCUGCGCGACAACAUCCAGGGCAUCACCAAGCCGGCCAUCCGGCGCCUGGCUCGGCGCGGCGGCGUGAAGCGCAUCUCGGGGCUGAUCUACGAGGAGACGCGCGGCGUGCUGAAGGUGUUCCUGGAGAACGUGAUCCGCGACGCCGUGACCUACACGGAGCACGCCAAGAGGAAGACGGUGACGGCCAUGGACGUGGUGUACGCGCUCAAGCGCCAGGGACGCACCCUCUACGGCUUCGGCGGCUGAAGCGUUUUGCUCCUGCACCAUCUCGAAAACCCAAAGGCUCUUUUAAGAGCCACCCACUUCCUCCGAAGAAGAGCUGGGACAUUGUCGUCUGUAAAGGAGUGUCUGAAGCACCUACUCCCCAUAUUUCGAAGUUUGUCAAAACAUGAUUAUGGAGUACUACUGCAACAUUUUGUGCUUAGAUAAGUGCGGUAUAAUGUCUUAAAUUUGCUGUUAAUGGCGAAGUUGUCUUUCCUGUGUAAAAACGCAUUUUUCUUUGUGUACUUCUAAAUUCCUGUGCAGAUGUUGUACCCCACUAAAAAACAUUUCAAUUGCUCUUUGCAAUUAAAAGUGAAUGUUUGUUACACUUUUUUUUUUUUUUUUUUAUUGUCGAUUUAAGUAUAAUUGUCUGGAAUACUCAAUGUCUCGUAUUUGGAAAUUCUCAUUUAACUAAGAGUUUCUAAUCUGCCCUAAGAAAGGGAAAUCAAUUUACCCUACGGAAAAACAUGAAAUUUGCUCGAGUGAUAAAAGUUGUCUCUAUAUUUCUAAAUAAAUUUUUUCUUUAAUGUAA